AUGGUCAUCGAAGGACGCAUUGUCACUCAGGUCACGAACGGAGGCUACAUGUUCGUCAAAGAGUUCCACACUGUGGCUACGAUCAGGCGGAAUAUAGACGGUACUAACAAGCAAAUGACGACACCCAAUGGUGAUAUCAGCAAACACUUGCUCAAGUCUGUCACCAAAACUUGUACGGACUUGCACACAGGAAUAACGAUGAUUACCUGCUAUCAGGACUCCACCGAAACUUGUCUUGUUGCUGUUUAUACGGUUAGAUGUUUUGUGAUAAGUGAGACAAUCUGGGAAACACAAGUGCACGAGGACUUCACGGAGCCCGAAGGUUUGCAAAGGAAGCAGUUGGAGGUGGAGAACCGCUACUAUGAUGCGAAAUCGUUUCUGGCGGAGAAAGUGGGAGAGCAAGACCUACCCGAUGUGGAGAAAUUUCACUAUCUCAAGGGGUGCUUAGCAGGCGAAGCUAAGGCACUAGUCGAUCCGCUUAAGAUCACGAGGGACAACUACCAGGUUGCGUGGCAGUCGUUGCUGAAACGCUACAACAACAGCAAGCUUUUACGGAAGAAGCAAGUGCAGGCUCUCUUCAAACUGCCGACCCUCACCACGGAGCCAAUCGCGGAUCUCCACAGGCUGGUCGAUGGGUUCGACAGUGUGAUUCUGACCCUGGAUCAGAUCAUCCAACCAGCCGAAAACAAAGAUCUGCUGCUGGUCGAACAUCUAAGGGCUCGUCUCGACCCGAGCACACGUCGAGGAUGGGAGGAGCAGGACUUGCUGGAGUUCCAGCAGCGGAGAAUCCAAAUGCUCGAAGCUCUACCAGCGAAGGUGGGGUCGAAAGUCUUCGAGCAGUCGCCACAACGCAGAAAGAAGCCAUUUUCACCGAAGAUUAGCAACAGUGCCGUACAGUCGUACAACGCGAAGUGUCCCUCAUGUGCGGAUAUACAUGCACUUCACACGUGUCCAUCGUUUUUAAGGAUGUCGCAGUCCAGCCGGGAAUCUUUCUUGCGCGAACCAUCCGUUUGCCGCAAUCGCCUCAAACGUGGUCACAUAGCUCGGGAGUGCACAUCGAAGUUCUCCUGUCGGUAUUGUAAGGGUAGACACCAUUCCUUGCUGUGUUUCAAGGGAGGAGAACGCAAGGGUAGCCAAGCAUUCUCCAGGGGAUCGACUUCAGGAGGAAGUCCGGAACAGGGUAGCACAAGCACAAAUUUCAGGGCGGCGAAUGCUUUAGCGGUCGAAUCUACUUCUUCCAACGCGGCGCAGUGUGUUUCAUACCGAGUUCUUUUGGCUACAGCUGUCUUAAUAAUAGAAGAUGAUGUGGGUCGUCGGUACCCAGCACGCGCCCUUUUGGACUCAGGUUCCGAAUGCAAUUUUAUUUCCGCAAAUCUUUGCGAGGCGAUGAAUGUUUCCAUCCAGAAAGCUAACAUCGCGAUUCAGGGCAUCGGGCAAUCCGGAGUGAAGGCAACUCACAAGACGAAAGCUGUCAUAAAAUCUCGCGUUUCGUCGUAUGCUCGAUCUAUGGAAUUCCUCGUCCUACCGAAGGUUACGGCAAGCCUGCCAACCUCUACAGUUCAGGCAAGUGGUUUGGAUAUUCCGGAGGAUAUCCAGCUAGCAGAUCCGGAGUUUUUCCGGUCGAGGAGGAUCGACUUGGUGUUGGGAAUCCAAGCUUUCUUCAGCUUCUUCCCGUCAGGAAAGGAAAUCCUGUUAGGCAAGGAUCUACCUGUGCUGACGGAGUCCGUUUUUGGGUGGAUAGUGACAGGCGAAGUCACAUCGGCGAGUCAGGCGACUGGAUACACCUGCAACAUGGCGAUAUCGCAGAAGCAAAUUGCAGAACGAAGCUUGGCAAAAGAUAGAAGGCGAAAACAGUACGGUGGUUUCAUAACCGCACAUCCCGAGCUCGAUCACAUACGAAGAGUUGACGAAUCGGAGGAGAUGGCAAACAAAGAAGGUUUCCUGUCACGUCGUGCGGUGAUCAAGAAGUCAGACAUUUCGAAGAGUGACCAAGGACGGCUCCAGAAACACUUUUACAAUAAUAAAACGAGUUGCUAA